AUGGAAACCCGCUCUGACGAUGAAGUCAUUUUGAAGCUCACAUAUAAUGAUGAGCCUGAUCGCUGCAGAGUCAUUGAUCACAUUAUCCCCGCAAGGCUAUCAAGGGUACACCCAGAGCGCUCUGAGUCGGACUUCGGUCUGCUAGGCACUUUACCAGCAGAGCUACUCCUCAUCACUCUUGAAUUUACUGAUUUUCAGUCGCUAUCACGUCUCUCGCGCACCUGCUUGAGAGCUAAGAGAGUUGUCGAAAAUCUCGUGCCAUAUCAGCAGGUGCUCAAACAUGCGCCGACAGUCCCAACAGCGCUGAUAAAUGCAGGCCUUGUUGGUCAUUACCCGUCUUCAGCUGUGUAUCGCACCCUGCGGACCGAUCGCUGUGUUUCUUGCACAGAUUUUGGAGGAUUCUUGUACCUGCCCACUUGCGAGAGAGUCUGCUUCGAGUGUCUUCACCGAAACCGAGGACUAUGGAUGAUCACAAUACCGAUGGCCAAAACGUACUUCAGCCUGACAUGUAAGCAAGUCCAGACACUUCCUAUCAUGCGCAUCAUCCCGGGAACGUACUGCCUCCGGACACUUGAGAAGACGCACAAGAAACCUUUUCGCCUGGUCAGUGUGAAGGCAGCUAAGAGCUUGGCGAUUGAAGUUCAUGGGUCUGCUGAAAACCUGGCUGCGUUAUUUCUCAGACUGACGAGACAAGGGCGACAGCUCAACCACGUCUUCGAACGCUACCACAAAGCACCCUUGGAGGCACCAGGAUGUGAUAUGUCAACACUUCCUCCGCCAAUACCUCAUAUCGGCAGCGACCCGAGCGGACUUGGGGCAGCUUUGCAAGGGCUGCCAGAUUACGUACAAGGAUUUCCUUCGUAG